AUGCAGGAUCCCGAUGUACCCCUCUACCUACACGCAGAGUUUCUACCGAACAUCCGCCAGAUAACCCUUUACGUGUCCCUUCCCGGGACGGCAAGAUUUGAUGGAAUCCGACCAGAUAUCCAACUUUCAGAAUCAAGAAAAGCAGUCACAGUCUCCCUAUCAAAUCCAUUUGAAUAUGUCACAGAAACGAUCAAACUGCCAGCACGCGUCAAUGACGCGUCUCGGCGCGUGUUGAAAACACCCUCUGGACCAGCACCAAAAUCAGAUCCCAAUGGCACUGGGGAUUCCAGCUAUGAUUUUUCUUUUCGCAUGCAGGUUGAUCCCGACGAAGAGGCGCUGGCGCCUCGCGAUGAACUAAUCGAUGAAUUUUCACCAUGGACAGCGGAUGAAAUGUCAUCCUCCACUCGUAUUCGUUGUCGAGAGUGUGCACAAGUAUUUCUUGACUCCUCGUUAAUAUCCAAGUCAGUUGAUCGGGGAUCAGGCGAAAGCCCUACCGUGGGGUGGAUCUGGAAAGACCUUCCCAGUGGGAACUGGGCUGAAAUGAUGGAUUUCUGGCAUUGCCACAAACCUGACCCCCAUGAAGGCCACGAGAAAGACGAGAAAGACACCGCGCUCGAGAUCGAGGAACAAACUGCACAGACAAAAGGAUAUGGUGCGGACAGCCACGUUGUGGCUAUUUCAGGGACGGUUUUUGUUGAUGUUGCGACUUUCCUUCUCACUGAAACAGACUGCACAGGAUUGAAAAAGGGCAAUGACGAAGAGCAAAAAACAAACAUUGAAGUCUCAACACCACGAACCCUCGACUGCGCAAACUGCAAUUCCAUAAUUGGCAUGGAAGAUCCAAUCGCCAAGGGAUGGCGACUGCUGAAGGCCAACGUAUCCCUGAAUACCAGUUCACUCAGCCAUGAAGCAGACCUCGAAAAGUGGGAGGUCCACCCAACAGAAACGAUCGUUGCUGCACAGUUACUUGAAUUGAUCGAGAGAGAAAGCGCCCGGCGAUUCGUCGUCCAUUGUGGUCAGAAGAGUGGUCUCGUGCUUUGGGUCUUCAAUCCCGAUAUGCGAUACUCGAAUUCUAGCGCAGGCCGUAGUAUCAUGGCUCAGCAAGCGAUGAAAAUAUUCUACCAAAAGUCUCCAGAUGUGGACGAAUUGCUCCAUCCGGAAAUUGGGAAUCCAUCGCCCUUGUCGGUGGAAGAGUUGGAAUUGCCAUCUAUGAUAUUUGAAACAAUGUCGCAAGCGUUGACUGGGAGUAAUGAGAUGCUCCCACUCUCUGCUAGGAGGUUUAAUGAGUGGAAUGUUGGACUUUUGAGUUGUUUCAGGCGUCAGAAGGCAUGA